AUGGCGUCAGGUGAAUCUCCCCGGGAGUCGGUUCAGGGGGUGUGGCUGAGAUUUAGAGACUCUUCAACUCUCCAUGGCCUGUCUCACAUCUCAAGGGAAAGAACUAUUAUCCGAGGGAUGAUAUGGCUUGUUCUGGUGAUAGUUAUGGGUAUUUCGUUGUCUGUAACCUUGUACGAUCUCAAGAUAGAAUAUUUUUCAUAUCCAACGUUGACAACGAUGGACACAACAAUGUCGCCGGAGAUGCGUUUCCCCGCCGUAACGCUGUGCAACAUCAGUCCAUAUAAAAUGUCCAAGUUAAGCCCUGACGAAGCCACAAUGGAUUACCUGAAGAGAGAAAGCAACAUCGGUUCCUUCCUUCCGAAAAUGAAUUUCAGUGAUCCAAAAUACUUACCUUUGUUUAAAAACGGUACAGAUGAUUGGUUGGUUGAUGUCAGUUACAGCAUAAAAGAUUUGUUCAUUGCGUGUAAAUGGAAGAAAAAGUCGUAUUUUGACUGCAGUCAGUUGUUUCGUCCAUACAAGACUGAAUGGGGGCAAUGUUUUUCCUUCAACGGUCUGAAUUCGCAAGAAAUCAAAACUACACACUACGUAGGAAGCAUUCUUGGAUUAACCAUGUACAUACACAUAAAUCAAAGUGACUAUGUUUAUGCCAGAAACAUGGGAGCAGGAAUCAAGGUGGCAAUUCAUGAUCACAGUGAAGAACCCAACAUAAUGGACUCUGGAUACCUGGUAUCGCCGGGAUACACCACAUACAUGCCGAUAGAAGUAAAAGAGUACAAGUUCCUUCCCAGUCCGUUCAAGGCUUUUGGGAAUGAAUACUGUGUAGAAGUGGGGAGCCCUGGGUUUCAUACCCCCUUAAAGCACCAUCGACUGUACAGUUACAGCGGAUGUCUGCGGGAGUGCAAGGAAAGAUUUGCAUACCAGAGAUGUAACUGUCGUAAUCACCACGACUUAGGAGAUGGGGAACCAAUAUGCUCCAUCGAGAGAGACUAUAACUGCCAUAAGCCAGCAAGAGAGGAAUUUCAUGGAAACUUAACACUCCAAUAUGAAUGUGAUUGUCCAAUUCCUUGCUCAAAAACGGAGUACAACACUCGCAUAUCCAGUGCUUAUUUCCCGGCCAAUCUUUACGAUGAUUGGAUCAAAGCAACAUUCGGGUACACUGAUAUUCGAAAAAAUGUGAUGGAAGUGAGGCUGUAUUAUGAGAGCCUAGUGUACAACCGAAUAGAGAAGACCCAGAAGAUCACCUAUAUCAACAUUCUGUCAUCAAUCGGGGGACAGAUGGGUAUCUUCCUGGGAGCUAGCGUCCUGACGCUGUCGGAGUUGAUAGAAGUUUUAUUUCUCACCAUUAUCAUCCUGGUUAAGAAAGUUUUCCGUCCGGCUAGACUGGAUCCUGAUCCCUCCCCCUGUGUGGAAGAUAAGAAAACCCAAUUAAUUUCUGUACAGAUAAUGAAUUCCGACGUUUCAAAGACCGUUCGAUCUUUCCGCACAAUAUGGCGUGACUAUAGGACGACCGCUACGUUACACGGAGUACUACACAUAACAGCACAAAGAUCACAGGCUUCUUGCGUUUUCUGGGCCGUAUUAACAGCUACAAUAUGUAUGACCUUCCUUCUGGUGACCACUCUGCUGUUUUUAAACUACUCCGACUUGAAUACUGUGACUGUCGUGAGCGUCAAACAGAAGGGGAAGCUGCAGUUUCCUUCAGUCACUGUCUGUCCUACAUCAAUGUACAACUUCGCUAAAAUCCGAAACAACUACGCCCUACUGAGAUAUUUGUCAUACGUUAGCAAAAUUAGUGCCAUAUUCCCUGGAGGAGAGCUAAACUUUAGUGACCCGGAAAAUCACUUUUUACUCGAGAAUGGAAAAGACAAUUGGUUGACGACAGUUGGAUUUGGACUUGACGAAACUCUACUGUCAUGCAGUUUCAGUGGAGAAGUGGUCAAGUGCUCCAAUCUCUUGGUAACCAAGAUGACAGACAUGGGGCUUUGUUUUAUGAUAAAUGACGAAGGUUUGCCUCUGACUAGUACUUAUCCUGGAAAAUCGGCUGGCUUGUCUGUGUUGGUGUACAUUGAUCAAGAUAACUUCAUGCCAACAGAAAACAUGGCUAUUGGGAUGAGCGUUGCAAUCCAUGAUAAAGGUGAGGAACCGAAUAUGGAGGGAGACAGUUUCCUCGUCAGCUCUGGGACGGUUACAGAUGUGGCGAUCGGAUACAAACAAGACAUCCUUCUACCUGCCCCGUACUCGGCCUUCGCUGACGGUCAGUGUGUGGAGAUCGACGGUGAAAGUUUUGUAUCACCCCUACAACAUCACGUGACCUAUAGUCACCAUGCCUGUGUUCGAGAAUGUCAAAGUAGAUAUGUGUUCCGCAAGUGUGGCUGCAGAAAACACACCUACCCAGGAUUGGAGAAACCCUGUUCCUUUUAUCAGAUUCAUACUUGUGCAGAUGUACAUGAAGAUGAAUUUAACCGCAUAUCCUCGCAUACAGAAGCUUGUGAUUGCCCAAGACCAUGUACAAGAACAUACUAUGAUAAACAAAUUUCCUCUGCAAAGUUCCUUUCCGAUGUCACCGCCCUGGAGCUCGGAAGUCAAGGAUACAAUAUCAGCAGGAAAAACAUGGCCCAGAUACUGAUAUAUUAUCGCUCCCUGACCAGGGAGAGAAGAAAGCAGGUCCCUAAGAUGGAUGCACUGACUCUACUAGGAAAUCUUGGAGGUUACAUGGGUAUUUUCCUGGGAGCCAGUAUUCUUAGUUUAUUUGAAUUAUUCCAGGCCGUUCUACAGACAAUAAAACACUUCGUCACUAAAGCGAGGAGAAAAAACACCAGUGUUACUCGUGUAGACGAUGUUUACAUGAUCAUGGAAUAGAUAUUGCACAAAACAAAAACCAUAAAAUAUUCAACAUGUUAA